CUUCGUCAGUUCUUACAGGCAAAACAAGGGUUAACCUUGUUCCAUUUGUUUGCGUUUUUCCUAGCAGAAACAUAAACCCUAAAAUCGAUGAACUAGAUUCGAAUAGGGUGAAAUUGAGAAUGGUUCUAUCGAAUAAGAAGCUUAAGCAGAAGCUUAGAGCUGAAUUAACCCUAAACCAAACCAACACCGAAUCGAAUCCCUCAUCUUCAUCUUCCAACUCAUUCAAACUUCUUCUAAACUCUUCCACCAACAAACCCAUUUUGUCCAAGAGAGAGAAACUCCGAAAGAUUCGACCUUUGCAACCACAAACUCAAACCAAUGAGGAUGAAAUUGCGAUUGAAGGUUUGGGAAAGAAGAACAAUAAGAAGAGGAAGAUAAAGGAAGUGAAACAGAAUGAUGGUGAUGAUGGUGAUGAUGUGAGUAAUGAGGUUGUUGUUAAGAAGGGGAAACUGAAGGUAGAGAAACAGAAUGGUGAUGUGAGUAACGAGGUUGUUGUUAAGAAGGGGAAAGUGAAGGUAGAGGAACAGAAUGGUGAUGAGGUUGUUGUUAAGGUGACGAAACAAUCGGUGAAAAAGGAGAAGCAGAAGAAGAAGAAUCUGUUGAAGAAGAAGAGGAAGAAGGCCAAAGCUGCAGAGGAAAAUGGUAAGGUGAAAACUGGUGAGGAAAAUGGUGAGGUCACAGCUGCUGAGGGAAGUGGUUCUAAUCAUCAAGAGGAGAUGUCGGAGCUUACGACAGAGUUGGCUAAUACCAAUAUCAAUACCAGUCAAGAAAACAGUGAUGCUGUUACAAAAGUUUAUGUUGGAGGAAUUCCCUACUAUUCAAGUGAGGAUGACAUUCAUAGUUAUUUUGAAAGCUGCGGCACCAUCACUGAAAUUAAUUGCAUGACUUUUCCUGACACUGGCAAGUUCAGAGGGAUUGCAAUAAUCGUUUUUAAGACUGAAGCAGCGGCGAAACGAGCAUUGGCUCUUGAUGGAUCUGACAUGGGAGGACUCUUUCUUAAAAUCCAACCAUAUAAAGCAGCUCAAACAGCCCGAUUUACCCCAGAACUGAAGGAGGGAUAUAAUAGAAUCUACGUUGGAAGUUUAUCAUGGGAAAUAACAGAGGAAGAACUGAGGAAAUUCUUCUCAAAUUGCAAUAUAAAGUCCAUACGAUUUGGAAAGGACAAGGAAACAGGAGAAUUCCGAGGGUAUGCUCAUGUGGAUUUCAGUGAUAGUAAGUCACUGAAAACAGCACUUGCAUUGGAUCAAAGUGUCUUGUUUGGAAGGCCUGUCCGGAUAAGUUGCGCAGUUCCUUUGAAUAAAAAACCAGGUGCAGGUGAAAAAUCAGUCCCAGGCUCGAAACCAAGUGCAGCUGAAAAAUCAGUUGCAGGUUCUAAACCUAGUGCGGGUGAAAAAUCAUUUGCAAGUUCUAAACCAGGUGCGGGUGAAAAGUCAUUUGCAAGUUCUAAACCAGGUGCGGCUGAAAAAUCAGUUGCAGGUUCUAAACCAGGUGCGGCAGAAAAAUCAGUUGCAGGUUCUAAACCAGGUGCGGGUGAAAAAUCAUUUGCAGGUGAAAAAUCAUUUGCAGGCGAAAAAUCUGUUGCAGUUGAGGAACCAACUGUUGAGAAACCAAUUACCGUUGUUGCAAGUGGCAAGAGGAAGAAUAGGAUGUGCUACGGGUGUCGUCAAAAAGGACAUAAUCUCUCAGAAUGUCCAAACCCACAAAUAGCCACUUCUACUACAAUCUAAAGCAUGUAGGAAAACUCAAUGUCAUUGAUUAUUAUGUAUCGUUCCGUCAUGAAAAAAGUUUGAUUGUAGUUUAUUUUUGAUGAAACAGAAUAGGGCCGUAGCUAUAGGGGACACUUUCCUUAUUGUUAUCACUUUUUUGGGGGGGAAGGGGGGUUGUUAUUGAAUUAUUCACAAAUGGUUGGGCAAUUUUGAUAUGAACUAAUAGUAAACCUACCAAGCUUUCUUUUUGUUGUAUCCAUAACUUGGUGGUAUUCUUCAAGGCUUAUUGUAUGGAUUAUUUUACUCUUUUCUGUUCA